GACCCCCCCUCUCUCGGACCUAACCUGUCGUACACUCCCUUCCCUGCUGUCUUCCAGCAUCUCUCUCUCUCUCUCUCUCUCUCUGCUGCACAAGCGGAAUGAAUGCCUCACUUAAAAACUACUCGGGGCUGGCUUUCUUUCCCUUUCUUGUUUUUGUUUUCCCUUUUGUUGCUUUUCAGUUUCAAAGAAUGAGAGGCGCAUAUUAACCAUUCUUCACCCACCCAUGACUGUGCUCUUCUUGUGGGGAGGCGAUAUAUUCAGAGAGGAAAAACAGUAGGAUGCUGGCGCAGGUGGGGGAAUAUGAUGUGCACUUUCGCUUUCAUAAAAGAGAGCAUUGAGAGAGAAUCUAACCAUGGACUUAUAUGAAGAGCUUAUGGAUUCCCUUUGAUUCAUGUCACCAUGUCGAGGCAAGCUCAUCUUCCACCUCGCUGCCCAUUUCAAAGGAAGCCCGUUUCUUGGCCGAUUCACGACCCCACCUCUCCACCUGCAAACACAAACCACAGCAAUGUCUUUCCACGGCAUAAAAAAUCUCCCUCUCAGAGUGCCAUUUUGGAGGAGCAGCCGGCGUGGCUUGAGGAUUUGCUGGACGAUCCAAACUCAAGUAACAAGGGAGUCAUCCAUCGGAGAUCGGCUAGUGAUUCGAUUACUCUUUUAGAUGGCCUAUCAGACUCAUUACCAGCAAUCAAACCCCAUACUGCGAAGCAGGCCAGAGAUGGAAGGGAAGCUUUGGGCAGGUUGGACUUGGACUGCAUUUAUGGUCCCAAUUCUCCGCGUCAAAAAGGCAACCCGGCAUUACCGGACAGUGGCAUAGUUUCAGCAUUGUCGGAAUAUAUUUCACAGACUUCCCUGCAGUUCCUAGAUGGCAGUCUAUGCAUUUCUGGAAUGGUCAACUCAGAUAUGAAAGGUGAUAUCUGUGUUUCAACUGGUGAUGCCGAGACGAAGACAGUGAAACGGCAUUCAGGACAGCGUUCGAGGGUACGUAGACUUCAGUAUAUUGCUGAACUGGAGAAAACAGUCAAUGUUUUCCAGGCUUUUGAAUCAGAGUUAGCAGUCAGAGUUACUUCUCUGCUUCAGCACCGUUCUGCUUUGACCAUGGAGAAUGCCAGCUUGAAGCAACAGAUUGCCGGACUGCGGCAGGAAAAGUUACUCUUGGAGGGGCAAUAUCAGUCUAUGAAGAAAGAACUCGGGAAACUGAAAUUAGGUCUUGCAAGUUCACCAAACAGCGGGUUCAGGAAUCAUUUUGAGGCAAGUCCUGGUGCUGGUGCUGGUGCUGGUGCUGCUAUUUCAGAAUCUACUUGGCAGUUAGGCAUGGAAAAACUCAAUCUUAACUGAAGUUCUGAACUUUGGCGAAUCAUGAAAAACUUUGGCGUUAAUGUGCGAUUUGCACUCGGUGUAUUGGGUCUUUUGUUGCACUGGUGUGUUCUCCUGAGAGUGCAUAAACAUGGAAAAAAGAAAAUGUCAGAUCUGUAGGCGUCUCUUGGCUCGGUAUCUCCCGUAAAUGGGUUCUUGUAAAUCAGGUGGAAGCCCUCAGUUUUGAGCGACAAAUUGGGUCCGACACCUUAAGUUGCGGUAAACACGGUGCAAAUAGAGGCUUGCUUGCUGUCGGAAA